AUGCUCAAGAUACUCUUUCAGCCCCUCAAUCCGCCGCAUCUCCCACCAGCAACUACCUUUCACAACCAGACUGUCUUAGUCACAGGCUCGAACACAGGACUGGGGCGGGAAACUGUUCGCCAUGCUCUCUCCCUAGGUGCAUCGAACAUAAUCAUGGGCGUUCGCUCGCUAUCCAAGGGCAAAGAAGCCAGCGAUGAUAUCCUGUCAUCCAUUCCCAAUGCGUCUGAGAAGACCAUCGAGGUAUGGGAGCUCGAUAUGUCGAACUUCCAAAGUGUGAUGGCCUUUGCUCGGCGAGUCAAAGACUAUGUCGAGAAUGAAGGCAAGAGACUAGACGUUGCAGUAAUGAAUGCAGGCAUAGCCUCGCUUGACUGGAAUCUAUCUGCGGAUAAUUGGGAGAUGUCGAUUCAAGUAAAUGGCUUGUCGACCGCCCUGCUAAGCUUGGAAUUACUACCUAUUCUAGUCCGGCAGUCUUCCUCCCAGACUCCGAAGACCUCUGAAGGAAAACGAAGCAAGCCACGCUUGAUUAUUGUUGCGAGUGACGUCCACCAAGCCGCCCUUUUCCCCCAGCGUACAGCGCCUGAUAUUCUCGCCGCCCUAAACGACAAAGCACAGUGGGAGCAGGCGCAGGCGAAAAACCCGAUUGAGCGGUACGGGGUAAGCAAGCUGUUCAGUCAGUGGAUCAACAUCGAGCUGUCUAAACUUGUGCCCGUUGACGAACUCACGCGCGAGCCAAGUGUGGUGGUGACAAGUGCGACUCCAGGGUUGUGUGCGAGUGAGCUCAUGAGAGAAGGUACACCAUGGGUGUUUAGAAUCCUAGUGGCCCUUUUUGCGCGAACGGCAAAGGUUGGAUCCAAAGCCAUUGUUGAUGCUGCUGCUAGGGAUGAUGGACAUGGAAAAUGGUUCGAGAACCAGAAGCCCACCGAACCCGGCAAGAUUGUAUCUUCCUCCGAAGGAAAGGCAUUGCGCGCAAAGGCCUGGAAAGAAAUCAUCGAGGUUCUGAUAAAAGUGGACCCAGAGCUGAAGCUGAGCUAUUGA